CCCGUACACAGCAUGGUAAUAUGGUGGCAAGAGCAUCACUGGUGUGUGGCAGGCAGAGUCACCUCCAUCACCUGCAUCGCCUGGGCUGCGCUGAGUGAACGGGAGUUGUCUUGUGCUGAGUAUUCGCUCAGUCAAAUAGUGUUAUUGUGCUCUGUGUAUCUGUCGUAGUUUCCAUGGAUAUAAUUAGGAGCCAUUACUUUGGGAGCAACAGACGUAAGAGUUGCCCGAAACAAUUCCCUUUCAUUCUCUGCAGCCCAAGUGAUGCAAAAGGUCGGACCCCCAUGUAAUAGGAGGAGCUUCCCAAGACGUUGCUGUUGCUCGCUAUGCCCACGAGAUGGAGGUGAGGGUGCAGGCAGUGUGCGCACAUGCAAACGCCCUUACGCGGACGCUCUGCUGCACACAACUGCCUGCCACACACCAGUGAUGCUCUUGCCGCCAUAUUGCCAUGCUGUGUGGCUUCACUGCUAAACGAUGAUAGAGGCUGACCUUCCAAAACUGAGAAACAGCAGCCACCCUCCCCACUGUACCCCGUCCAUAUUGCACCUGUAUGGCCUUUCCCUUCAUCACAGCCAUGCAGAAAUUUGCUGUGUUGUGAGCAGCUUGUAAUUCAAACUGAAAAAACAAGACACUAACUAGGAGAACAUGAACCUCAGUGUUUCCAGUUUCCAUGGCUCAGGCCAUGUUUUCUGCCUCUGUCCCUUAGUGCUAAGCUCCGUUGCUCAAGAGGAGGUGGCUGAAGCUCCAAUGCUACAGGGAUAUCUGCGUCAGAGUGUUAAAUAUAUUCUUUUCAUCUUGGGCUCAUGCCUAAGCCCAUGGUUCCCUCAUCUGCAGAAGCUUUGUGUCUAUUUGACCAGAGGACCAAAGACCUUUCAGGCAGGCACGUUUCAGCACAGACAUGGACAUCCAUAAAACAGCUGUAGCUGCUGUGGGCGGAAGAUCUCUGUCCCCUUAGGAACAGGAAAAAUAGGCAGCACCUCAUUUCAGGCUGGGAGUUUCAAGGGUACAGAAGGCUAACGCUUUGGUGAUUAAAUUCCAUUCAUUCCAUUAAUUCCCAGAGAGGUACAUCUUACAUCUAAGGCAGGUAACUUUGCUGGUAUGACAGCAGGGUUAAUCACAUGGACAGCCUCUACCUGCCCACCUUCCCUGCCUGGAGAGGAGCAGGGACUGGCAAUACACUUUAGAGAAUAGGUCUUAGACUAUUUGGUACAAGAGAAGAACAGAGUAGGCUGGAAGGGAAAUGGGUUUUAAGAGGGUUUUAUUUGGCUUUUUAAUAUGCCAAGUACUCUUUAAGCAGUAGGAUAAGAAUAACCUUCCCCCCCAUUCUUAAUGAUAAAAUCCUCACUGUCGGAUCAGAGCCAGGCAUAAAAAUCACUCUGCUUAUACUUUGCAAGUUCUGCUACAGACCUUAUCUUCUCUUAGUAAUGUUCUGUGGAAGUCCGGAAAGCAAAAAACAAAUACUGAUAGCAUUUCCUUUACGCUGACCAAUUCACUGCACAGGAAGAAGCUUCUUCAUAUGAAUAACCAUCAAGCUGCGGCUACAGUCGGAGGUCCGUAUGAGAGCAGGAAGAGCAGUGGCUCUAACUGCUGCACAUCCCUAGCAGGGGAAGAUGGGGAUCUCACAGCAAGCUGGACACUGCAAGAAGCCUGCGUCACCCAUGAACACGAGAGCUGCCUUGGAAGUGGUCAGGAACAUCGCAUGGACUAUUGUUCUGCUCACCAGCACUGCAGUCACAGGAGCUUCAGGAAUUAACAGACUGUCAGCAUACCUGGGUGACAGCGCUGUGAUGACCUGCCCUAAUGUGACAGAUAUAACUAUGGUAACAUGGGAAAUAAGCCCUAAGAUUGGAGGCCAGUGCAGCUUAGCAUACUUGAACAGUAACAAGACAUUAAGAACCACUUGCAGCGACAGAAUAAACUGGAGAUCCAGACCGGACUGGGAUCAGACACUUGAGAUACAGCAAGUAGGAAUGGCUGAUGAGGGAAAUUACAGCUGUGAAGUGGUAAAUGCUGAUGGGGGUUUCCACCACCAGUAUCACCUGACUGUGCUAGUUUCCCCAAGAAUGGCUCUGUACUGCGAUGACCACGGGAACCCUGUGUGCGAGGCAGAGACAGUGAAGCCAGCUGCUGAGAUCUGGUGGGUCCCAGAGAGCGACUCCACACCCAGAGCAGACAGCCACGAUAACGGGACAGUGACUGUUGUCAGCAGGUUCACAGCACAUAGCACCAGUGGGAAGAAUCGUACCUGCAUUGUGUCUCAUGCAACUCUGAACGAGACCAAGUCCAUAGCCUGCUUCCCAUCACACAGACACCUCAUACCACAUACAGUCAUCUUUGUUGGUUUCCUGAUCAUCGUCACCUUUGUAGCUGUCAUUUACUAUUUAAAGCUUCAUGGUUAAAG